AUGGAGCUCGUCCUGGUCAAGGAGCAGAAUGGGGUGCAGCUCACGAACUCCACGCUCAUCAGCCCCCCAAAGACGACGGACGGAGAGUGCGCCAUGGGCAGAGGCGCUUCCCCGACCCGGGGAAAGCCGCAGCCGGAGGUGCGGGCGCCCCAGGCCCCGCAGCCAUCCGUGGUCGCCGGGAGCCGGGCCACGCCGGCAGGGACACGAAGCCCUGGGCGUUUCUUUCCGAAGCUGGGCACCUUCGAGUCCAGUGGCAGUGAGCAGCACGCCUCACCUGCGCCCACGUGUGCCUACCUGCACCCACCUAAGACCCACCUGCGCCCACCUGUGUCCACCUGCACCCCACCUGUGACUACCUAUGGCCCACCUGUGCCCACCUCCACAGUGCCCCACUCCGCGUGCGCGGCUGGCUCUGGGAGGCCUCGGGUAGCCCAGACAGGCACGGACAGCCUGGCGCACUGGGCAGCCCGGAACGGCUGGCGACGGUGUCUGAGGGCGGUGACCGCACCCCCAGGCGUGGGCUACACGGUCAUCCUCAUCUCGCUCUACGUGGGCUUCUUCUACAACGUCAUCAUCGCCUGGGCCCUGCACUACUUCUUCUCCUCCUUCACGCUGGAGCUGCCCUGGACCCACUGCAACCACACCUGGAACAGCCCCAACUGCUCCGACGCGCCCGCGGCCAACGCCAGCGCCGGCCUCGGGGACGCCUUCAGGACCACGCCCGCCGCCGAGUACUUCGAGCGCGGCGUGCUGCACCUGCACCAGAGCCGUGGCAUCCAGGACCUGGGCCCGCCCCGCUGGCAGCUCGCCUGCUGCCUGGCGCUCGUCAUCCUGCUGCUCUACUUCAGCCUGUGGAAGGGGGUGAAGACCUCAGGGAAGGUGGGUGCCCCGUGGGGCUCGGGCGGUGCUGGGACACCCCCGCAGCGGCAAGCAGAAGUGUUCUGCGGUGUUGAUGAAGCGUCGCUCACUGUCACUUGGGGCCCAGGCCGUUGUGACCCCAGAGACGCCAUCAUCACCACCUCGGUCAACUCCCUGACCAGCUUCUCCUCUGGCUUCGUGGUCUUCUCCUUCCUGGGCUACAUGGCCCAGAAGCACAGCGUGCCCAUCGGGGACGUGGCCAAGGAUGGGCUGGACUGGAGUGAGCCCCUGGUCAGAAAAAGUGCUGAGAGCCCCAAGUCCAGGUGCCCCACAGGCCGGCAAAUGGGCGGCAUGGAGUCGGUCAUCACCGGGCUCAUCGACGAGUUCCAGCUGCUGCACCGGCACCGGGAGCUCUUCACCCUCUUCAUUGUCCUGGCCACCUUCCUGCUGUCCCUCUUCUGCGUCACCAACGGCGGCAUCUACGUCUUCACGCUGCUGGACCACUUCGCAGCCGGCACGUCCAUCCUGUUCGGCGUGCUCAUCGAGGCCAUCGGGGUGGCCUGGUUCUACGGUGUGCGGCAGUUCAGCGAGGACAUCAAGCAGAUGACCGGGCAGCGGCCCAGCCUCUACUGGCGUCUGUGCUGGAAGUUCGUCAGCCCCUGCUUCCUGCUGUUCGUGGUUGUGGUCAGCAUCGUGACCUUCAGGCCACCACACUACGGCCCCUAUGUCUUCCCGGAGUGGGCCAACACGCUGGGCUGGACCAUCGCCGCCUCCUCCAUGUCCAUGGUGCCCAUCUAUGCGGCCUACAAGUUCUGCAGCCUGCCCGGGACCCUUCGGGAGAAGCUGGCCUACGCCAUCGCACCCGAGAAGGAGCACCAGCUGGUGGACAGUGGGCAGGUGCGGCAGUUCACGCUGCGCCACUGGCUGCUGGUGUAG